UUGUGCCGGCGCCAGGGGUGCGUGUGCGUGAACGCGCGUGUAUGUGUAUGCGAGUGAGAGAGGCAACCAGUGAUCGUGUGAGCCAUGUUGGAUGUGAGUGAAGGUGCGGAGAGAUGAUGCUGCUGCUGCUGCCGCCGCCGCGCAGCUCCUGACGCACGCAGCCCCAGCAUCACGCAUCACAGCGUUUAGAUGCCAACUCUCCAGGCUGACGAAGAGACGGGGGAGCCUGGGGAAAGGGUUCGGGCGGUGCCGGCGCUCCUGGAAGUGGAGUGGAGGGGAGAAAAGUGAUCGGGCAAGAAGGAAAGACGGUCUCUUUGGGGAGAUUGGUGGAGGAGGAUAUAGGAGGGGAGAGACCGAGAAAGGAAGAGACUAAAUGGCUACACGGCUACCGGGCUUCACCCCGCUCUCGCCUCUGGGUCUUCACCUGCUUCUCCUCUUCCUCGGCUCUUUGUUCGCCAUCACCCCGCGGACGGGGAAUGCUGCGGGGUCUUCCGACCUGGGCACCCCGGGCCCCCGCCAUCGGGAUGCCGGUAAAGCGAGCGAGCGGUAUGAGCGAGAAUGGGAGGCGCCGGGAGCCAGCCGGACAGAGCCGGAGGGAGGAGAACGACCAGCAGCGGGAGGGAUGCCGGGACCACGAAAGGAGGCACGGGAAGGAGUCGGGACCUUUUGGAGGUGCGGAGACGAGCCACCGAUACUACCUCCUCCUCAUCUCCUCCCCGGUGUGACACACAGGAGACGCUCUGGGGGGUGGGAGAAGGGCGUUGUUCCGCCAUCCACCUCGGCCGCUUUCAGCUUUUCGCCGGUUCAGAGUGGUAAAAAACGGACGGUGCAAAGGACUACCGGAACGUGCGCGCUUCCACGGCCACACCUAACAGAACGUGGCGCAGCCUUUGUGCGAGCAUUUGGCCUGCGCGACGCACCCGGAAGUGGAGGAAGGAGUGGCGGAGAGGUGCGCGAGAGGGCUCGUGAGGUGAGGAGACUCGGAGCCCCCGCCACGUUUCACAAACCAUCACCCGACCCUGUGCCUUGUCGCAUCCUUUCUCUUUAUGGAUACAAUUCAACGUGGACAGAGGCUUCUAAGUCCACAUUUCAAUCACACUCUUGUUUAAGCAGAAAUUCACUUUGGAGCCAAGCAACAAAAUUGGAUGACAUUCUAAACGCCCCUGCAUUCAAUGUUUUCCAGAAUUCAAGUUAUCUGUACCAAAAGGCGUAUAAUGAUGAGGAUGAUGGUGGUGGUGGCAUGGUUAGGAGGCCAGCUGGUAAUUGUUCUCAUUUGGGCAGGCACAGUGUUAUCGACCCAAGCAGCAUCCGUGUGGGGGCUGAGGGAGCCUGCUGCACGGAGCGCAUUAGGGGGGAGAGGAAAGACCGGUUGGAGGGGGAGCAAGAGGACAGAUGUAGUGCACCAACAAUGUUUAGGUGCAAAGAAAAGGGUGAAAGGAGGGGUAGAAGAGGAGGAGGGGUGAGCCAAGGCAACAAAUGCAUUAACUUAUCUAAUUAUGCGCUUAAUGAUUUGGCUUUUGCGACUCUGACUCGACAAUGUAGGGCUGAUAAUGAGAGGAAAGCUGCGGCUACUACCGGGAGAUGGAGCUAUGAAGGCUGGGUAGAGAGGAGGGAGGUCACCAACGGUUGCAUUUGCUAUUUGAAGAGACUAGGGACGUGUUGUGGAUUGUUUGCUGAAUUGAUGGGUCUCGGGGGAGGGAGAACACAGAAAAAUCCAGUCAUCCAAUUUAGACUAGGCAGCAUCAAAGAAAUGCAAGGUCAGUGGUUUAUAUGUACCAAAAUGCAUAAAAGCUUACACACACCUCGUGAUGCAGAGAUUGAACCCGCUGAACUUCUCCGUAAAUCUCAUGAGAAAGUUAAAGUAACUUCAGAGGUAGCUGAGUCAGCAUUUUCUAUGCAAGAGAAUUUUCCUGUUCAUUCAACCAAGCUAAGUCCUUUUUUGCAACAUGAUUUCAUCUCAGCAAAACAUCCCCUUUUGGCUUCACAAAGCAACCUAACCACUUGGUCUAGUGAAUUUCCCUUUUUGCCUCUCUCUGCGAGGGACAAGUGGGAUUCAGCACUAUGGACAGCUCCCCUGAAUGUUGGAAUGUUUAUGUGGCGGGGAUUCAACAUGAACAGUAAUAACAACAACGAAGAAGAGGAGGGGGGGAAGGCAAUACACGGUUUUGGUGAAUCAGAAAUAAUUAUGUCCAGUGAGCAAAGGCUGUUAGAUGACGUCAGACCAUUAGAAAGGCGGCAGAUGGGGGUUGAGGGAGGAGCGAGGAGGGAGGGCGAGGCUGAGAGGGACGGGCUGGAGGGCCCUGCUAGGGGAAGAAAAUUACAGGUGGGGGAGGGCGAGUUAAUGGGAGGGAAAGGACCAUGGGGAGAGAGGCAGAGCGAAAAGGGGACAACAAAGCCAGGCCAAACUGAGGAGAGAGAGGUAGAGGGAGGGAAGGGUCAGGAUAGGUUCAGCAGCACCGCCACCAUCACGCAGUCAAAUAUGGAAAGAUGCGAGAAAGAGAGCAUGGUUGAUGAAAGCCACAAGGUUGAGAGGGAGCCAGAGGGAGAAUCUGAAGAGUGGCACAGUUCAAGGGGAGAGAGAAGCCUGGAAAGGCUGAUAAUAGAGAGAGAUGAUAAAACCUCACGGGAAGAAAGGACGGACAAGGUUUUGAUGCCGUGGUCUCGCUCUCGACGGGCAGCUAACAGACAUCCUCAUUUCUCCCUGUAUAACUACCAAGUAGAAAUAGCUGAAAACCAGCCCCCUGGGACCUCUGUUAUUGUCAUUAUUGCCACAGAUCCCGAUGCGGGGGAUCCCGGCAGGGUGAGCUACAGCAUGGCACCGCUGAUGAACAGCCGGUCGUCUGACUAUUUCCACAUCCACCCUGAUACUGGCCUGAUCACCUCCACGCAGAUUUUAGAUCGAGAACACAUGGAUCAACAUUAUUUCCGAAUCACUGGAACCGAUCAUGGCUCCCCUCGUCUCUCUGCCACCACAAUGGUAGCUAUUAAAGUUGCAGAUCGCAAUGAUCACGCUCCUAUUUUUGAGCAGACAGAGUACCGGGAGACCAUCAGGGAGAAUGUCGAGGAAGGGUACCCCAUCCUUCAGUUAAGAGCAACAGAUUUAGACUCCCAGGCCAAUGCCGAUAUUCGUUACCGCUUUGUCGGCGACUCCGCCACAAUUGGGAAAGCUGCUUUUGAGAUAGCCCCACGAUCGGGGCUCAUCAUGACCCGUGGAGUUGUUGACCGGGAAACAAACGAGCACUACACGCUCCAGGUGGAGGCGAGCGACCAGGGCAAGGAACCGGCUGCGCGCUCAACAACAGUUAAAGUUUUCAUCACCGUGUUGGACGAAAAUGACAAUGUGCCACAAUUUAGCGAGAAGCGUUAUGUUGUGGCGGUCAAGGAGGACGUGAGACCUCACUCGGAAAUCCUCCGUGUGAGUGCCACAGACCGGGAUAAAGACAGUAACGCUGCGGUUCACUAUAACAUCAUCAGCGGGAACAGCCGUGGGCAGUUUUCCAUUGACAGUGUCACAGGGGAAAUCCAGGUGGUGGCGCCCCUGGAUUACGAGGCCGAGCGGGAGUACACGCUCCGUGUCCGUGCGCAAGACAAUGGCCGACCGCCACUUUCCAACAACACCGGCAUCGUAAGUGUGCAGGUAACCGACGUCAAUGACAAUCCGCCCAUCUUUGUCUCCACACCGUUUCAAGCAUCCGUGCUGGAAAGUUCACCAGUGGGAAGUUCUAUCCUCCACAUCCAAGCCAUCGAUACCGAUGCUGGUGACAAUGCCCGUCUGGAAUACAGAUUGACCGGCACCGGUUCCGACACACCGUUUGUCAUCAAUUCUGCGACGGGCUGGGUCACCGUCAAAUCCAUUCUUGACAGGGAAUCUGUUGAGCACUAUUUCUUUGGUGUGGAGGCCAGGGACUACGGAAUGCCACCUCUUUCUGCCACGGCAAGUGUUACAAUAACAGUUAUGGAUGUUAAUGAUAACCAUCCCGAGUUUUUGCAAAAAGAAUAUUACGCCCGCCUGAAUGAGGACGCCGUGGUAGGAACGAGUGUGGUAACAGUCACGGCUAUGGAUCGGGACGUCAACAGUGCGGUGACUUAUCAGAUCACAGGCGGGAACACUAGGAACCGCUUUGCUAUCAGCACCGCGGGGGGUGCCGGGCUGCUCUCCUUGGCCCUCCCACUGGACUACAAACAAGAGCGGCGCUACGUUUUAACUGUCACUGCCUCAGACCGCACGCUCCACGACACCUGUCAGGUGCACAUCAACAUCACUGACGCCAACACACACCGACCUGUAUUCCAGAGCGCGCAUUACUCUGUGAGCGUGAACGAGGACCGGCCGGCUGGGAGCACCGUGGUUGUCAUCAGUGCAACAGAUGACGAUGUCGGUGAAAAUGCCCGCAUCACAUACUUCCUGGAGGACAAUAUCCCUCAGUUUCGCAUUGAUCCCUCAUCAGGGGCUAUCACGUUGCAGACGGAGCUUGAUUAUGAGGACCAGAUGACCUACACUUUGGCCAUAACUGCCAAAGACAACGGCAUACCGCAGAAAUCCGAUACCACGUACGUGGAGGUGAAUGUCAAUGAUGUGAAUGACAAUGCACCUCAGUUCCUCAGCCCCAGAUACCAGGGAACUGUCAGCGAAGACGCACCUUCUUUCACCAGUGUCCUCCAAAUCUCAGCCACCGAUCGAGAUGCACACGCCAACGGCCGCGUGCAGUACACUUUCCAAAAUGGCGAGGAUGGCGAUGGAGACUUUACCAUUGAACCGACAUCCGGCAUUGUGCGAACCAUUCGCCGGUUGGACCGUGAGAGUGUGCCAUUUUAUGAGCUCACAGCAUAUGCUGUCGACCGAGGCGUACCUCCUCAGCGAACACCUGUCCACAUCCAAGUGACGGUUCUUGAUGUCAACGACAAUGCUCCGGUCUUCCCUGCUGAUGACUUUGAAGUUCUGGUGAGGGAAAACAGUGCCGUGGGCUCUGUGGUGGCACAGAUCACCGCCACGGACCCGGACGAGGGCGCCAAUGCCCAAAUUAUGUACCAAAUCGUGGAGGGCAACAUUCCAGAGAUAUUCCAGAUGGACAUCUUCUCAGGGGAGCUGACAUCACUUAUUGAUCUUGACUAUGAGGCUCGCAACGAGUACGUCAUCGUAGUGCAGGCCACCUCAGCACCUCUAGUGAGCCGGGCUACCGUACGGAUCAAAUUGGUGGACCAGAAUGACAACAAACCCAGUCUGCAGGACUUCCAAAUUAUUUUCAACAACUUUGUGUCAAACCGUUCAAACAGUUUCCCCAACGGGAUAAUUGGGAGAGUCCCCGCCAACGAUCCUGACGUGUCGGACCGGCUGUACUACACGAUUGACAGGGGGAACGAGCUUCACCUGCUGCUGCUCAAUCACACCAGCGGGGAGAUCCGACUGAGCCGUAAACUGGAUAAUAACAGGCCUCUGGUGGCUCCCAUGCUGAUCACUGUCACAGAUGGUGUCCACAGCAUUUCAGCGCACUGCGUCCUUCGUGUCCUCAUCAUUACCGAGGACAUGCUGGGCAGCAGCGUCACCGUCCGCCUGCAGAACAUGUCCCAGGAGCACUUCCUCUCACCGCGACUGGGUCACUUCCUGGAGGGUGUGUCGGCGGUUCUCUCGGUGCCCGUCGAGGAUGUUUUCGUCUUCAACAUCCAGCCGGAUAUGGACGCGGCAUCGGGAGGGAUCCUGAACGUGAGCUUCUCCGCUGCGCUCCCAGGAGGACACUUCUUUCCUUCCGAGGCCCUGGAGGAACAACUGUAUCUGAACAGGCCCCGGUUGACCUCGCUCACACAGAUGGAGGUCCUUCCAUUUGACGACAACGUGUGUCUACGUGAACCGUGUCAGAACUAUAUGAAGUGCAUCUCCGUGUUGCGCUUCAAUAGCUCCGCCCCCUUCAUCUCCUCACCUUCCAUCUUGUUCCGACCCAUUCAUCCCAUUGCCGGCCUGCGCUGCCGCUGCCCCGUGGGCUUCACCGGUGACUACUGUGAGACCGAGAUCAAUCUUUGCUACUCCAACCCCUGCCUGAACGGAGGGGUGUGCGCCCGCAAAGAGGGAGGCUACACGUGCAUCUGCCGUGAGGACUACACUGGUGACCGAUGUGAAUCCGAUCGGCGAACCGGGGGCUGCGUGCCUGGGGUGUGCCGUAACGGAGGGACAUGCCGGGAACUCUCGGGCGGCGGCUUCCGCUGCGAGUGUCCUGCCGGCGGGUACGAGCGACCAUAUUGCACCAUCACGUCCCGCUCCUUCCCCCCAAAGACCUUUGCCAUGUUUCGGGGCCUCAGACAGCGGUUUCACCUCUCCAUCUCUUUAACUUUUGCCACACUUGAGAGCAACGGCCUUCUGUUCUACAAUGGACGCUUCAACGAGAAGCAUGACUUUAUCACUUUGGAGAUCCAAGAGGGACAAGUGGUGCUUAAAUACUCCACAGGUGAAUCGUCCACCCAGGUGAGCCCUUUUCUGCGUGGAGGUGUGAGUGAUGGGGAAUGGCACACAGUUCACAUCCAUUAUUACAACAAGCCAGCUAUACGCUAUCCCAAGCGCAGCAUGAGUGGUGAGGCUCAGGGUCCCUCAGAUGAGAAGAUUGCAGUAGUGAGCAUUGACGACUGCGAUACAACCUUGUCACUCCGCUUCGGGAGUCAGCUUGGAAAUUACAGCUGUGCUGCUCAGGGCAAACAGAUCAGCAGCAAAAAGUCUCUUGACCUGACUGGUCCAUUGUUCCUGGGUGGGGUUCCCAACAUUCCAGACAACUUCCCGUUUGGCACCAGGGAGUUUAUCGGCUGUAUGAAAGAGCUGCACAUUGACAACAAACCUCUGGACUUGGCUGGGUUUAUUGCUAACAAUGGAACUCUGCCAGGCUGCAGUGCAAAACUUCCCUUCUGCAAGUCCAAUCCCUGUCAGAAUGGAGGAGUCUGCCGGGUCAGCUGGGAGACAUUCUCCUGUGACUGUCCUCUUGGGUACGGAGGGAAGGACUGCAGCCAUGUGAUGCCACACCCCCAUCGCUUUUUGGGAAACAGUGCCCUCUGGUGGGAUCUAAAGAACGACGUCACUAUUUCCACACCUUGGUACCUGGGUUUGGUGUUCCGAACCAGAUCCCGAGAAGGGACGCUGCUUCAGGCUCAGGCCGGCCAGUAUACCAGCCUGCUAUUUCAGGUGAUAAAUGGUCAGCUAGUGUUCUCUGUCACUCGGGGUUCUACCAGACCAGUGAGGUUGAGGCUAGAUCAGGUUCAAGUGGCAGAUGGGCGGUGGCACGACCUCCAGCUAGAACUACGAGAUGUUCGCAGUGGCCGUGAAACUCGCUAUGUUGCCACUCUUCGCCUUGACUUUGGACUUUAUCAAGGAACAGCAAUUGUAGGAAACGAGAUUCAUGGAUUGAAGGUGAAACAUCUGCAUGUGGGAGGAGUGUUGGGCUCUGGAGAGGUCCAGAAUGGGAUCAGAGGAUGCAUACAGGGUGUUCGCUUGGGUGUGAGACCGGACGCCCCCCCACUGCCGCGCCCCUCCAGAACUGUCAAAGUGGAAAUUGGCUGCAAUGUGGGGAACCCUUGCGUCUCAUCUCCUUGUCCCGCCCACAGUCACUGUUCAGACCAAUGGGAGCGGCACACCUGCGUAUGUGAACCUGGUUACUAUGGGAAAGGGUGCACUGACGCUUGCCAUCUGAAUCCUUGCGAAAAUGACGCUCAGUGCCACAGGAAGCCCAGCUCGUCACAUGGCUAUAUCUGUGACUGUGGUGACAACCACUAUGGACAGUACUGCCAACACAGGAUUGACCACCAGUGUCCCAGAGGUUGGUGGGGAUCUCCUACCUGCGGGCCUUGUCAUUGUGAUGUCAAUAAUGGCUUUGACCCCGACUGUAACAAGACAAGUGGACACUGUCGCUGCAAGGAGUUUCACUACCGUCCGCGCGGCUCAGACAGCUGCCUGCCGUGCGACUGCUACCCAGUCGGCUCCUUCUCACGAACAUGCGACCCCGAGACUGGCCAGUGCCCAUGCAGGCCCGGCGUGAUUGGUCGCCAGUGUAACACUUGUGACAACCCAUUUGCUGAGGUCACAAACUCAGGGUGUGAAGUCAUUUACGAUGGCUGCCCAAAGACCAUCACUCAAGGGAUCUGGUGGCCACGGACCAAGUUUAACCUCCCCGCUGCCGUUCCGUGCCCUAAAGGUUCUGUGGGGGCUGCAAUCAGACACUGUGAUAUUGAGAGAGGCUGGAUGGAGCCAGACCUUUACAACUGCACCUCCCCUCCAUUUGUGGAGCUCAAUGCUGCUCUGGAUUCACUUGAGCGCAAUGAGACAGAGCUGAACACAAUCAUGGAGAAGAAGCUCGCACACCAACUCCGUGAUGUCACCGAAGCGACAGGCCGCCUCUAUGGGAAUGAUUUGCUCAUCGCAGAGCGACUGUUGUCACGCCUUCUCACCUUCGAGACCCUACAAACUGGCUUUGGACUCACCGCCACGCAGGAUGCACACUUCAAUGAGAACAUCCUGCGGGGCUGCAGUGUGCUGUUGGCUCCUGGAACAGAGGGGCUUUGGCGCGCCCUCGCUCAGGGUCAGAACCACGUUGCGAGCGGUCCGGCUGAAUUGUCUGAGUUGCUGGAGCAGUACACGCAGAAUCUGGCUCAAAAUAUGAAGCUCACAUAUCUCAACCCCGUGGCACUGGUGGCUCCCAAUAUUGUCAUGAAUCUGGAUCGGGUGGAGAAUCACACCCAUGUGCGGCGACGUUUUCCACGUUACCACACGACACUGUUUCGUAGUCAGGCUGUGUGGGAUCCAUACACCCAUGUAAUACUGCCCCCCGCUGCGCUCAUGCCACAACGACAACAGCAACACAACUGGAAGGAAAAAGAGCGUACAGAGAAAGAACACGUCCCUCCUUCUAACGCUGUUCAAGCCACAGUUAGCAUCUCGGCCAAUCAGACAGAGUACACUGCAGCUCGGCGAACAGUUGAACCGCCCAUCACAAUCGUGAUUUUGCUCAUCUACCGAAGUCUGGGCGGGGCACUCCCUCCCAAAUAUCACACGGACAGACGAGGAGUGAGACUUCCUAGACACCCAGUCAUGAACUCCCCGGUGGUCACCAUCUCUGUCUACAACAAUCAAACUUUUGUGGGCGGACAUUUGGACCAGCCCAUCUUACUGGAGUUUAAGCUACUAGAAACAGCCAAUCGCAGCAAGCCGCUGUGUGUGCAGUGGAACCACAGCAGCCAGUGUGAGAUUGGAGGCUGUUGGACAGUAAGGGACUGUAUGGUGGUAUACAGGAACACGUCACAUGUCCGCUGUCAGUGUCAAAGACUGGGCACCUUUGGAGUGCUGAUGGACAGUUCGCAAAGAGAGCAGUUGGAGGGCGAUCUGGAGACGCUCGCUUUGAUCACGUACUCCUGUCUGGUGCUGUCAAUGCUGGCUCUGCUUCUCACCGUCCUGGUGCUGUCCUGCCUCCGAGGUCUCAAGUCCAACACCAGGAGCAUCCAUUCCAACACGGCGGCGGCCAUGUUUUUGUCUGAGCUUGUGUUUCUACUGGGUGUCAAUCAGACUGAACAACAGUUCCUGUGCACGGUGGUGGCCAUCCUCAUGCAUUACUUCUUCAUGUCCACAUUCGCCUGGAUGUUUGUGGAAGGCCUUCACAUCUACCGCAUGCAGACUGAGCAACGCAACAUCAACUUUGGCGCCAUGCGAUUCUACUACGCCAUCGGCUGGGGCGUGCCGGCCAUCAUUACCGGUUUGGCUGUGGGCUUGGAUCCCGAAGGUUAUGGGAACCCGGACUUUUGUUGGAUCUCCAUCUACGACAAGCUCAUCUGGAGUUUUGCUGGUCCAAUCGCCAUCGUUAUCCUGAUAAAUGGAGGCAUUUUCAUGAUUGUCGCCAAGAUGUCUUGUAACACUUCUCAGAAGGAGACCAAGAAACUUCCUGUCAUUGCAACCAUCCGCAAUGCGUUCUUGCUUUUGAUGGUGGCCACCUCUACCUGGCUGUGUGGUUUGAUGGCUGUCAACAACAGUAUCUUGGCUUUCUAUUAUAUCUUUGACGUCCUCUGUCUAGUGCAGGGUCUGUCAGUGUUGUUGGUCUUCACUGCGCUCAACUCUGAGGUAAAGGAGGCUUGGAGAAUGGCUUGUUUAGGGAAGAAGAGUCCUGGAGAAGAGACGCCAAGACCAACAUCGAAUGCUACACAGAAUCCCUAUCACAAUGCUUCCCUGCUGGAGCAGAGUGGUCUACAUCGCAUCACCCUGGGAGCGUCCACCAUUUCCUCCGUCAGCUCUGCGAGAGAGAAUCUUUUAGCGCGUCAAACUCUGGAACAAAACAUCGUUCAAACCGGGGCAACGGACUUGGAUGUCGCCAUGUUCCACAGAGAUGGAGGGGAGGAUUCUGACUCUGAUUCCGACCUCUCCAUGGAGGAGGAGCGCAGUCUUUCCAUACCAUCAUCCGAGAGCGAGGACAAUGUCCGUCUACGCGGGCGCAUCCAACGUCGUUUUAAGCGCUCCAAUCACGGCGAGCGUCUACUCACAGAGCCUUCCAACAACGGUACCAAAGAUCUGGAUGGCAAUGACCUCCUGUCCUAUUGGCCCGCCUUGGAAGGAUGCGAUAAACACACCCUGCAAAAGUGGGGCUCCGAGCGCCCACUCGGCGCAGACGACAGUAAGGAUGCAGCCAACAACAACCAAGCUGACGCAGCGCUCACCAGCGGCGACGAGAGCGGCCUCACGCAGCCACACAGGCACCGCAAGGGUAUCCUCAAGAAUCGUCUGGGCUGUCCCCCCGCCCUCCAGGGGCUUUCAUCAGUGGGCCGGGGUGCCAGUGAGCUCAAUUGGUACCGCACCUCAACCCUGGGCCACCGAGGUGUUCCUGCGGCCUCUUACGGUCGCAUGUACUCUGCCUCAGCUGGUGCCGGAGGGGGUACGGGCUCCCUCUCGCAGCCAGGUUCUCGCUACUCAUCCAGGGAGCAUCUGGACUCACUGGCCCGGAGGCAGCUGUCUAGAGAUCCUCUCGGGAGGCAAACAGUCGGGGGCUCGAGGGACCGGCUGGACUCUCGGGGAUCCAGGGACAAUCUGGACCUCUUACCCAGGAGGAGAGAACUGGGCCAGGGUGCAGGGCUGGCGGGGUUGGGGCUGGAUCACCAGAGAAUGUCGUCAUCCAGGGAGAACCUGACCUCCUCUAGGGACAGACUGGACAACCAUCACUCCGGUACCAUCCACGCAUCGCGAGAGGACUUGAGGGGAAAUGGGGGCGCUAUGGGCGGCGGCAUAGAGGGAAACUUGAGCGGGUCCAGAUCCCAGUUGAACAUACAAACUCGGCGACAGGCUUCAUCUCGAGAGCACCUGGCAGGUGCACUGAUGAGCAGUAAAUCGAAGGAGCAGCUGGAGGCCAAUGGAGUGUCGGCACAGGCUCAACCCUGUCGCGAGUGGCUGCGCUCCCUGCCGCCCCGCCAACCCUUGCACCCUGACCAACCUCCGCCAUCUUCCCCGCCUCCGCCCAUCUCGGAGGAGCCCCAGCAAGAGCCCUUCUCCUUGUCGGAUCACGGUCGAGGACGCCUGGACUCUUCAUGUAGGUACCCCGGUCAGACGGCCACGCCUGGCACGGGUGUGAACCCUCUGGGGAGACAACCUUCUAGCGAGCACCUGGAUAUUCUCUCCUCUAUCCUUGCAUCCUUUAACCCCUCUGUCCUCACACCUCCAAACGCUGCCUCCAACCCUGGGUCCAAUGGCCCCUCCCCCUCCCUGCCACAGUCUGCCACCUCCCACAGCAUAUCAGAAGUUUCCCCUGACUCGGAAGCGAACAGAAGCGAAGGACAGUCUUGAUGGCAGCCUCAGUAUUCCUCGACGCAUUCCGAGAACAAGGUGAACCAGCGAUGCAUUGGAGGACUAAAAUACAGCUUUGGACACAGGUGACUUAGUGUGGGAAAAUAAGAAGAUGCCAACUUUGAUGGUCCAGAGGACAAAAACUGUUUACAAAAUAUCGCAGUCAGAUGUAGACCGAAUCCAUCUAAAAUCGGGGAAAAAACUGUACAUACUAAAACAUUUUUAUACAUUUUGUAUCUUUUUCAUUGGAGACUAAGCUGUCUCUUGUGAUGUUUUCUUUUUUGUAAUGUCCGUGUGAGCGAGGUUUGUGCGAGUGAGCUGUAUUUAAUUCACAAAAAAACAUAUCUCAUCUAAUUUGCGUGGUAAUUGCAAAUGGCAUAAUAACAUCUGAUGAGAAACCGCAAGACAUAGUUGGAGGGAAACUAUCAGCAUCGGUGGGUGAUGUGUAAAUAGACCGUUAUCAUUAUAAGUGAAGAGAUUUGAAUGGAACGAGAUGAUUGUAGGGUGGGAGACAAUGUUGAGGGUGCCACGUGAGGUUUCAGGGUCUGACCAUUAAAGCUCCGUCACAAGUUGUCAUGAGA